AGGAUGAGGGAGAUGACAUGCUGCUGGAGAGGUCCUCUGAGUUCUCGUGGUUUGGACACAUGUGGAGUCACGCGCAGCCGCACCAGCUGACGGUUGCCACCAUGCAAGCCGAGAUGAGACAGAACCGAGAUUUUGCGGUGGCGCACAACAUUAGUACGAACACCAACUACUCGGUGGCUCCACAUCACUCAGGCGUCUACCCGGUACACGAGCCGCUGUACGAGGCGUGGCGGAAGCUGCUCGGCAUCCAGGUAACGAGUACCGAGGAGUAUCCACACCUGAGACCCGUGCAGGCUCGCCGGGGCUUCAUCUACAAGGGCAUCAAGGUGUUGCCACGGCAACUGUGCGGUCUCUUCACGCACACGGUGUUCCUCGACCAGUAUCCCGGCGGCAAGCAGGUCCUCAUUAACAGCAUCCAAGGAGGAGAGCUGUUCCAGACGAUACUCAGCACUCCGGUGAGUAUCUUCAUGACUCACCUGUCUAACUAUGGCAACGACCGGCUGGCGCUCUACACGUUUGAGAGCGCGGUGAAGUUCACACAGUGCUGGACCAACCUCCAGCUGAAGACAGAGACACCACAAAUGAUGGCUGAACGCUACUUCAAGAUGUACCCGGAGGAGGAGGACCCCGUCUGGCAGAAUCCGUGCAACGACAAGCGGCACCGGGAUAUCUGGGCGCCGAACAAGACGUGCAAUCGUCUGCCGAACUUCCUUGUGAUUGGACCUCAGAAAACUGGCACGACUGCGCUGUACACAUUUCUGUCUAUGCACCCGUCUAUAAUGAGCAACUCUAACAGUGACUCGACGUUCGAAGAAGUGCAAUUUUUCAACGGCAACAACUACUACAGGGGAUUGGACUGGUACAUGAAUUUCUUUCCGAAGCCGGCGGCGGAUGCUGGUCCGAUAUACCUGUUUGAGAAAAGCGCUACCUACUUUGAGAGUGAGGUGGUGCCGGCGCGCGCACACGCGCUGCUUCCCAACGCAAAGAUCAUCACUCUGCUGCUGAGCCCUUCGAGGCGAGCAUACUCCUGGUACCAGCACCAGAGGGCGCACGGUGAUGCGGCGUCGCUGAACUAUUCGUUCUACGACGUGGCGCGGGCGAACGUGUCAAGUCCACGCGCGCUACGCUCCUUACAGCAUCGCUGCCUCAACCCGGGCCUGUACGCACGACACCUAGGCGACACCUAGAAACACUGGCUAGAACACUACUCACCCA